AUGGAAAAUAAGAAAUCCUCAGCUUCAGUGGAUCCAACCUUUGGUCAAGCACCCGUAUUUGCAUUAAAUGAUGAGGAUGUCAAUCCUCUGGCGAUCCAAUAUUUGAAAGAUGUAAGGAGAGAAGCCCUGACAACAAAUGCAACUAAUUACAAGGGAGUGAGUCAAAGAAGCUCUAAGUUUCUAGCAGAUAUAUAUGACGAUGAACCCAAUUCAAACCCUAAAUUAAACUCUGAAUCUCAAGAUAUUGUUAAUCUAGGCGAAAGAAGUGUUGAUGAUCUCGUAACAGAUGCUACAUUUAACACACCAGAUACUAUGAGAAACUAUCCAACUGAACAAACCUCAUCUGAAUUACCUACGAGAUUGAAAAAAUUCAAUGAGAAUUCAGGUCAAUGGUUGGCAUGGUUCAAGAAAAGUAAGACUAAAAUAUUGGAUUCAGCAUUCACUACACAAGGAUAUGAUGAUGAUAUUUUAAACCUAUUACUUUUUUAUUUAAAACAGCAUUUAAAUGAAUCAAAGGACAGAAACACAGGUAUUGAAACGCAUUUGCACAAUUUGUUGAAAGAUCAUAACGUGAGUGACGAGAUUCUGUCGAGUAAUUCAUGGACCAUUGAUGAAACAUGGAUUACUCCCACUUUAUCAAGGUUGCGAUCCAUGCGAAUCAGAGAUAUUGAUGAUAUAAAGGCAUGUCUUCUUGGAGACUAUAGGAGCAAGAAACCUAGAAAUUAUGAUCAAUGGACUCGUUUCAUUCGUGAAAAUGAGCCAAAUAGUUCGAUGUUCACUACUAUGGUUACGCAGGAUGAUAUUUGGAUUAUAUUCAAAUUUAUGAAACAAAAUUGGUUAAAAGUAAUGAUGAAAACGCCUGAAAAUUUUGCAAGGACUGGAAUGUGGCUUUUAUAUUCAAUGUUCUAUCUUUCAGAGGACCUCAAUUCCACUCAAAUAAGUACAUUACGUGAUUUUGCUAAGAAAUGUCAGCGCCUCUAUUUAGAUAAAUUGGUACUUCACUCACAGGCAGGUGAAGGAGAUCAAAUAUCGUUACACGAGAUCAAACUUCCAUCAGAGAUGAUUGUUCUUGGUAUUCUACCACCUAUAAGCGGACUUGCUGUAAUCGAACUAGUAAUGGUAGUAAUAUCCCAAAUAUUCGGACAAAAGGAUUUAGUAGCAUGGACCGCUAUAGUGCAAAUGGGCUGA